AGAGCUCCGAAAGGGUGAAAUUUUUUCCAAUUCUCGUUGGAUCGUCAAGCUGUCAAGAUGGGAAUCAAGCGAAUCCGGUUGAAGAUCCUCCUGUUUCUGGUUCCGUUUGUCGUGGCCAUCGUUUCGGGUACCACUCAUCACAGCCCCCGCCAUGCUCGGCCAAUACCGGAGGUCAUCAUCAGUAAGGCCGCAGAUUUGGAGAGCCGGGACGAGAUUGGAAGCGAGUGCAGUAAAUCCUAUUGCCCGGAAAACAAUUCACGUAUGAAACGGCAGGACACUGAUGACGCAAAACCCGCUCCUGCCGAUGAUACCGCAGGCGCCGCAAACGGAACAUCCGGUAGUGCCGCUGCCGUUGCAGCCGCCACAUCUGAUAAAGAUGCAGGCAAUGCUCCGCUACCGCCCCCGGUCCAAGUUUUUCCCAAUAUGCCCAAGGACUUCCCGUUUCCAUCCCUCGACGUGGUCCAGCAUCCACCCGUUCCGACAAGGCCGCGAAGACCGAUUCGAGUCCAAAGCCCCUAUCCCGCAGGAAACAUUCCAUCCGCAUCAGCAGAUUCGUCCUCCACGUUGGAGUUCUCGAAUCAGGACCCAAUCUCGCCGAAGGACCUAACUCCCGUUGAACCGCCCGUAGAGGAAAGCGUGACCGCCUCCGAUUCGGUCAGUCUGCCCGAGCUGGGCGAAUCUCCCGAAGUGCUGGACCUGUCGGAGUUUAACGUUCCCGGAAGUAAUGAUCCGGUAGUUCUGCCGCCGGCUGAAAAAGUCGGUGCAUCGUCCGGUGAUGUCCCCACGGUUGCUAAAACCCAGACACCACAUGUUGAAGCCCCCCAAAUUACAAAUCCGCUCCCGUCAGCACCGGAAAUCACCAACGUGGCACCACCACGCCAGCAUACUCGCGUGAUGGGUCCUCAAGAUUGGCGGUUCUCGGAGCAGCCGCAACGCCGGUGCCAAUCGAAACAAACGUGCCGGUUGGGUAAUGCCCCUCCGAUGGGAGGACCGCAGAUGGCUGGACCGCCGAUGGGAGGACCACCAAUGGGAGGACCACCAAUGGGAGGGCCACCAAUGGGACAACCUGCAAUGGCGCAGCCUCCAAUGGCCAAACCUCCCACAGGAUGCCGUGCCCUACCAGGUCAAACCAUGGCACCAGCUGCCCCGACUGCUGCUAUUGGGGAGGAUCCAUGGAAGGUGGCUGAGCAGCAAGCUUUCGUUGAAAUCAAGAACAGGGAUGACCCUCCCGCAACGGAAGAUAAACCAGCCGAUUCCGCUGGCGGACGUAGCGGCCUAGCGUUCGCUGCUCUCAUGUUGGCCAAUGGCCUAUAUCUUCUAUUGUAAUUAUUUAAAUAAAACGAAUAAAUUAUAAUAUUUAACGGAAAAAUAA